AAAUAAGUACACAGGCCUCGUGUUCGUACAUUACAUCGCCGACUUUGCUGACGAUACGAAUAUUCAGAGAGAAAAAGACGAAAAUGGCCCCCAAAUCGUCAUCGAUCGGAAAGUCCAUCAAGAAGGAGUCGGCGGCGGCGGCGAAGAAGAAGCAGGACAAGAAGGCCAAGAAGAAGACGCGCAAACAGAGCUUCGCCACCUACCUCUACAAAGUCCUCAAGCAGGUCCAUGCCGACCUGGGCGUCUCCUCCAGGGCCAUGGGCAUCAUGAACAAUUUGGUCUUCGACAUCUUCGAGCGCAUCGCCACGGAGGCCUCGCGUCUCGCUGCCUACUCCAAAAAGUCGACCAUCACCUCCAUGGAGAUCCAGACGGCCGUCAGACUUCUCAUGCCCGGAGAGCUGGCCAAACACGCCAUGAGCGAAGGUACCAAAGCCGUCACAAAGUACCAAAUGUCCAAAAAGUAAUUUGACUUUCUAAGCUGAAUAUAUAAACAAUCGGCCCUUUUCAGGGCCACUAUAUAGAUUGUUUAACGUUGGAACCAAUUAUUUGUUGACAAGUCAUCAUAUGAGUCGAUGUGCUCGGUAAAAGCAGUACUGAUGACUCUUUGAAAUAUCCUUCAAUCACACACAUCUCUUUCGUCAUCUAUCACCUCAUACAUUACGCACGUGUGAGUAAUAAAUAAAUGGUUUUUAAAUAAAUAGAUUAUUGACAUUUUGGAAAAGGUACAUCGUACAAUUUUCACCAAGAAAAUGUAAGUAAAUAAAUAAUCAGUCUC